UAUUCUCUUGAUCUAAACCAAUCUUUCUUAGCUUCUCUCUCUCUUUCUCUACCUCUUUUUGUUGCUAAACUUAAACCAUGCCUGCUCAAGUGAUGCCCGAGCCAACCCUUCAGGCCAUUCAUGUUAUGGGUUGGGAAGACAGUCCUCCAAUCUCUCAUAAAAGGUUGGAGGGCAAAGUUGCAAUUAUCACAGGCGGUGCUAGAGGCAUCGGAGAAGCAACAGUGAGACUAUUCUCGAGACAUGGAGCCAAAGUAGUCAUUGCCGAUGUUGAAGACAAACUUGGAAAUUUACUUGCUGAUACAUUAUCUCCUUCAGCUAGCUUUGUUCACUGUGAUGUUAGCUCAGAAGACGACAUGGAGAAUUUAAUAAACUCAACAAUCUCUCGUUACGGACGCCUUGAUAUUCUUUUCAACAAUGCCGGGGUGCUUGGAAACCAGUACAAGAACAAGAGCAUUAUCAAUUUCGACCCAGAUGAAUUCGAUCGAGUCAUGCGUGUGAAUGUCAAAGGAACCGCUCUUGGAAUUAAACACGCGGCUCGAGUCAUGAUUCCCAGAGGAGGCGGAUGCAUAAUUUCGACUGCAAGUGUAGCUGGAGUCAUGGGAGGGCUCGGUCCACAUGCUUAUACAGCUUCAAAACACGCCAUUGUUGGGCUCACAAAGAACACGGCGUGCGAGCUUGGACGAUAUGGGAUUCGGGUUAACUGUAUUUCCCCAUUUGGUGUUGCGACUUCUAUGCUCGUUAAUGCUUGGAGGACAGUUGAUGAUGAAGAAGAAGAUGAUUGCAUGAAUUUCGGAAUUCCUAGUAAACAAGAAGUGAAUAAAAUCGAAGAUUUUGUGAAUGGACUUGGAAAUUUAAAAGGUUCAACUCUAAGAGGUAAAGAUAUUGCAGAGGCUGCUCUUUAUUUGGCGAGCGAUGAAUCAAAAUAUAAAGCUGAAGAGUUGACCCCAUAAAUCUAUAAUGGGUUCUUGAAUUAAAGGAAGCCAUGUGAGAAAAAUUCGUGCAAGGGCAGCCAGGAAAGUUGGAGAAAAACAACAAAAACAAUUAAAGCCUUGAGAAGUACUGUACAAUUUGCAGCUGCAUUAGCCAUGUGACAGCCUUUUUUUCAUUAAUAU